GUUAAUGCUGACUAUACCUGCAGUUAUAUACUGCACAUCUGUGGAGAAUUUUAGGUUGUAAAAGCUGUAGCUAUGCCUCUGUCAGGAGAAGUGUGUGUGGUAACUGGAGCAUGUGGCUUUCUUGGUGGAAAGCUGGUUAGGCUGUUACUGGAGGAAGAAAAACUCACAGAGAUUCGACUCCUAGACAAAAACAUUCGACCUGAACUCAUUCAGUCUCUGGAAGGUUGCCGGGGUGAGGCAAAACUGAGUGUGUUUGAAGGGGACAUCAGGGACAGUGAGCUGUUAAAGAGUCUGUGUAGAGGAGUGUCCCUUGUUUUUCACACUGCCUCACUUAUUGAUGUCACAGGAGCUAUUGCCUAUAGCAAACUGCAUGAAGUGAACGUCAAAGGCACUCAGCUGCUCCUAGAAGCGUGUAUGCAGGAGAAUGUUGCUUCCUUCAUAUACACCAGCAGCAUUGAAGUUGCAGGUCCAAAUCAUCACGGUGACCCUAUCAUCAAUGGUAAUGAGGACACAGAGUACCUCGCCUGCUUAAAGUUUCCCUACAGCCAAAGCAAAAAAGAAGCUGAACGGCUUUGCCUUAACGCCCAGGGUGAAAUGCUUCAAAAUGGUGGCCGGCUGGCUACCUGUGCUCUGAGGCCCAUGUAUAUCUAUGGAGAGGGUUGCCGAUUUACCUUAGGACAUAUGAGGGAUGGAAUUAGAAAUGGUGAUGUGUUGCUGCGGACUUCAAAACCCGAGGCUAAAGUCAAUCCAGUGUACGUGGGAAAUGUGGCUCUCGCACAUUUGCAAGCCGCUCGAGCGCUGAGAGACCCAGAGAAGAGAUCUGUGGUCGGUGGAAACUUUUACUACAUCUCAGAUGACACGCCACCUGUCAGCUAUUCUGACUUUAAUCAUGCCGUUCUGUCACCGCUGGGCUUUAGCAUACAGGAGAGGCCUAGUUUACCUUUCUCUAUCCUCUACAUCAUUUGCUUUCUCAUGGAAGUGCUCAAAGCUGUGCUUUAUCCCAUUCUCCGCUUCACACCACCACUAAACAGGCAGCUUCUAAUCAUGCUUAACACACCCUUUACUUUUUCAUAUCAAAAGGCCAAACAAGAUUUGGGAUAUGCUCCUCGUUAUGACUGGGCAGAGGCACGCAAAAGAACUACUGAUUGGCUGGCGUCUGUCUUACCUAGAGAAAGAGAAAGAAUUAAUGCAAAAUAAUACACAGUUCUGUUUAAAUGUAAGAUAUUGAUACUGGAUAUUGGAUUUAAGGACAUUUUUGUUUUACCUUUCUGUUAUUUGUAACUGUAAGUUUUGCAAUACACCAGGGUUUCACUCAUACAGCAAGCACAAAUAGCUGAAAUAGAUGGAUUUGCCAGUUGGAAAUUAAAUGUCAAUAUUUGAGCCAGAUUAAAAUACAUAGAAAAGUAGCCGCUCAGGUGGCGCAGCGGUAAAAGUACGCUAGCGCACCAGAGUUGGGUUUCUAGAUACAUCGUAUCGAAACUCAGCUCUGCCUUUCCGACUGGGUUGGGCUGUAUGAACAACGUUUGGCUGUUGUUCAGGGUUAGGGGUAGAGUCGGAGCAUAGGUCCUCAUAACUGGUGCGACUGCGGCCCCUGCUGGUUGACUGAUGGCGCCUGCACAGGGCUGAGGAAUAACAUUGAGGGGGGUGUGGCCCUCCGUGCGCAGUGUCUCUGUAUGAACUCGGCUCGUGCAGGUAAAAAUUCCGGCUGUACUGAUUGCGUGCCGGAGGGGGCGCAAGUCAGUUGAGUGGCGUCCUCAGUCAGCGGCAAAAGGGUCAAAUCAGUAUAGAGGACACAAUCAGGGUAAUUGGAUAUGACUAGAAUAGGGAUAAAAAUUGGGGGAAAAAAGUGGGAAAAAAAUAGAUAGUGGGAAAAAAUAGAUAAUUAAAAAAGAUAUAUAUAUAGAAAAGUUAACUACUGUGGCCUUAUGCAAAGGAUUAAUUUAAAACAAGAAAGGAUGUACACUAUAUGGCCAAAAGUUAAUAAAUACAUUUACAAUUUCGGCAUUUAGCAGACGCUCUUAUCCAGAGCGAUGUACAGAAGUGCUUCCAUAGUGAACAUUACCUUACUUUAGUUCAAGUAGACACCAGUCCAAUAACACAAAUGGGGGGGUUGUAAGAAAUGAAUUGGUAUUAGUGAGUGUGAGUGUUAAUAAGUAAGUACAAGUCAGCUUAAGUGUUUAGUAAAUACACUACUAUUUGUAUAGUAGUUGUUGAGUUCAGGUGUUUCAGCCUCUCACACACUCAAAAGUCUUAAGAAAAGCCUGUCCUAACAACUGGAGACUGUUAUAGUUGCAAGUAGGUGGAGACAGCUCCAUAAUAAUGUUUUGCAAUAAAAUGUCCAAGCUUAUGGUCAGAUGUCCACAUAAUUUUGACCAGUGUACAUUUAGCAGCUAAUUCAAGGCAAACCAAAUGAGCAUAAAAUAGGCUAGACUGCCCUAAUAUUAGACAUCUAUGAAUCACUAAAGUGCCAGAAUUCAAAUGUUUUUGAGACUUUUUCCAUUCAUUUUCAUCAACUGCUUUAUUCUGGUCAGGAUCACUGCAGGUCAGGUUUCAUUAUAACAAUAAAUCCUAAACAAUAUGGAAUAUAAUUAUUAGGGUCAUAUACAGUUCUUUUCCAGAUGUAUUUUUUUUUCUAAUUGAGUAUUUGUCACACUUUAUUAUUUUUGAGAUUAUACAUAUAGUUUUUUUUAUUUAAUAAAAAAAACAAGUUAUUCAAUUCAAUUUAGUUAUCCAGUUCAAUUAGAUUAGACACACCCUGGCUUGACUACAGCUAUACCUGUUAAAUCUAAACAUUAUUUAAAUAGACUAGCUCCAGCAACAAGUCAAGGUCAGAAAUUUAGAAAGUUAUUAAAAUAUAUCAGGAAAGCAUCACAAAUACUUGGAACUUUAGCGAAACCUAUUAAAAGUAAUUGUCUCCACAUGGAGAAAACAUAUUCCAAUAAAAAAUGUUCCCAGUAGUGGCCUGCCUGACAAAAUCCAGAAAGUCACAAAAGAACCCAGACAAACAGCUAAAAAUGUUGGCUAUGCUCAGCAUUUAUGAUUAAAAUUUUAAAUUUGAUGACCCCAGAGCCUGAUAGGUUAAAAGUCAAAACUUUGGUCCAUUUACAUUGAGCGUAAAGCUAAACCAGUGCUCCACAGUAAGGACAUCAUAACAGUCACAUAUGGUGGUGGUAGUAUGAUGGUGUGGGAAUGCUUAAACAGGCAAAGCUGGCCAAAGAGACGUGAUCUUCACCAAAGAGACAUGAAGAUUUUACUAAAAAGUCUGAUCUUUAGUUAUCAGAGGGUUUAAUUGCAAGUAUUGGUGGCACAAUCGUUUAUUAAGUUGAAGAAUUGCUGUAGAUAUUACAUAACCUUUUUCCUAUGAUACACAAAAUAAUGAUUUAUAAUCUGUGUUUACUCAUGUUCUGCUUAUUUUGUGUUAGAUGGAUCUAAAAUAAACAUAUAUGCAUGUCACAAUUAUAACAAAUAUGUACAACAA